AUCUUCUCCGACCUCCUCCUCGAACCUACUAGAGAGCCUCGCCGGAGAAGGAGCGCGAGCAGAACGUCGAGGGGAAGCGAAGCCGAAGCGGGAGAGGCAAUGUCUGCUUCGCCCGAUACUGAUUCAGUCGACGCCCUUCGCUCCCAAAUCGAUUCUCUCCAGACGAGAGUCAACGAGCUGGAGGUGCAGAAUGCGAGACUUUCUUCUCAACUGUCUAGAUGUUGCUGUCAGAAGAUGGAAGAUGAGGUUAGUUCUGCCGUAGAUGGAGGCAGUGUGGUCGAUGGAACUGGCAAAUCAAUGAACUUGGACAAGAAGACUAGGAAGAAAAAAGAUUUCAAAACAGGAAUUCUCGAACACCAUCCAAGGAGAUACGUUGCUCUAAGAUUGAUGUAUUUUGGGCAAAGGUUUUAUGGUUUUGCCUCUGAAGCACAAUUUGAUCCAACUGUCGAGUCUGAAAUUUUUAAAGCUCUUGAGAAGACAAAGCUUUUAGUUGGUGACAAGAAAAAGUCGCAGUACUCCAGAUGUGGCAGAACAGACAAAGGAGUUUCAUCUUUCGGGCAAGUCAUUUCUCUGUUUCUACGAUCAAACUUGCGACCUAAGAACACUGAUGACGCAAACAGUUGGGAACUUUCUGUAGAGAGAGAUGUCUUAGACGCGGAAAUUGAUUAUGUGAGAGUGUUGAAUCGAAUCUUACCCAAAGAUAUCCGAGUAACUGGCUGGUGUCCUGUUCCAAUUGAUUUUAGGGCAAGGUUUAGCUGUAUGAGCAGGGAGUACAAAUAUUUCUUUUGGAGAGAUAAUUUGGAUAUUAGGGCAAUGGAGAGUGCAGGCCAAAAGUUUGUUGGGGAUCAUGAUUUCAGAAAUUUUUGUAAGAUGGAUGCGUUUAAUGUCCAUAACUACAGGCGUCAUAUAACAUCCUUUGAACUUGCUUCUUGUGAUAAGAGGUUAGAAAGUAAUGAACUGUGGUGUUUCAAAAUUAAGGGCAGUGCAUUUUUGUGGCACCAAGUUCGUUGCAUGGUCGCUGUGAUGUUUAUGGUUGGCCAAGGUCUUGAAUCUCCUAAUGUGAUAGAUGCCUUACUAGAUACUGAUGGGACACCGAGAAAGCCACAAUACACCAUGGCUCCAGAAAUGCCAUUAAUUCUUCAAUCUUGUGAAUUUCAAGGUGUCAGGUUUAUCUGUUCCUCAGAUGCUCGGCAAGCAUUACAUGUGCACUUGGAGGAAGCCUAUCAAACAUACGAACUCCAAGCUGCAAUGACUCAUGAGGCUCUUCUGAGUUGCUUGCCUCAGGAACAUGGCUGCUCAGAUCAGAGCUUAUUAGGUACCCACCGAAAAAAGAAGGCAGCCUCACAUAUUUCUCUCAUGUCUCGCCCAACUGAGCCAUCUUAUGAAGAGCGGCGUGCCAAAUUGAACCUAAAAGUAGAAGCUUGUGAGCUUUCGGGCCAAUCCAUAUAGUCUGUCAAAUGGGGAUGCUUACUUUUGCUAUUUGUGUGGUUCGUGUAACAUUUUUGUGAUCAAAAUAUUUGCUCUGGUGAAACAGCUAUUUUCACUCGAUUCUCCAUCUAAUUCUCCAGCUGAUGUUUGUGUUGUAAAAUGACUGGCGUUUGGUUAUUC